GCCGGCCGGCGGGCGAGAGCGCGCACCCACACCGAGCGCGCAGGCUCGUCGCACAAUGGCGGAGCUGGGUAAGAAGUACUGCGUCUACUGCCUGGCUGAUGUGACGAGCCUGCGGCUCCGCUGCACCGAGUGCCAGGACAUCGAGCUCUGCCCCGAGUGCUUCUCGGCUGGCGCCGAGAUCGGGCAGCAUCGGCGCUGGCACGGCUACCAGCUGGUGGACGGCGGGCGGUUCACGCUAUGGGGAGCCGAGGCGGAGGGGGGCUGGACGAGCCGGGAGGAGCAGCUGCUGCUCGAUGCCAUCGAGCAGUACGGCUUCGGCAACUGGGAGGACAUGGCCGCGCAUGUUGGCGCGCGUGCCCCGGCGGAAGUGAUGGAACACUACGUCAGCAUGUAUAUCCAUGGCAACCUAGGUAGAGCGUGCAUCCCGGAUUCCAUCCCGAACCGCGUGACUGACCACACAUGCCCGGGCGGCGGCCCCUUGUCGCCCAGUUUAACGGCUCCUCUGCCGCCGCUCGAUAUCACGGUGGUCGAGCAGCAGCAGCUCGGUUACAUGCCGCUGAGGGACGACUACGAGAUCGAGUACCUACAGGACGCCGAGACCCUCAUCAGCGGCCUGGCCGUCAACUACGACGACGAGGACGUGGAUAUCGAACUGAAGCGGGCCCACGUUGACAUGUACGUGCGCAAGCUGCGGGAGCGACAGCGCCGAAAGAACAUGGCCCGCGACUACAGCCUGGUGCCCGCCUUCCUGGGCAAGGAGCGAAAGGAUCGGCCGCUCAAGCGCAAGGUGACCAAGGAGGAGAAGGAGCUGCGGGCCAAGCUGCGGCCCAUCUGCCAGUUCCUGUCCGCCAAGGAGUUCGACGACUGCUUCGACAACCUGCACAAGGAGCGAGCGCUGCGGGCCAAGAUCCGCGAGCUGCAGCGCUACCGGCGCAACGGCAUCGCCAAGACCGAGGAGUCGGCCGAGUACGAGGCGGCCCGCCACAAGCGGGAGAAGCGCAAGGAGCUGCGCAACAGCGCUGCCGCCAAGCGCGGCAAGGACGAGGCCGGCAAAGAGGCUGCUGCCGCCGGCGCCACAGCGGAGUUCAACUCCAUGGAGAACCUGGCCGGCUUCGACCUGCUGUCCGAGCGGGAGAAACUGCUGUGCAGCUCCCUCAACCUCAGCCCCACACGGUACCUGACCGUCAAGACCAUCAUCAUCAAGGACUAUCUGCAGAAGAGGCAGGGCAUCCCUUCCAAGAGCCGCCUGCCCAGCUACCUCGACAAAGUCUUAAAGAAGAGGAUAUUGAAUUUCUUAACGGAGAGUGGUUGGAUUGCUCGGGACGCUUCUUGACACUGCUCGUUUAUUUUCAUCUGGAGGAAAAUACUUUUUGUUUUCAAUGCCACUAUGUCCCAAGAAAUGCAGCGUUUCUUUUUAAUCAAAGAAAGUCCAGAUGACUUUCAGUGUAGUGUGCAAAGGCAGUCAGCUGUGGACAGGAAUACAUGGUUUUCAAACCGUGGAAUUUGACAAAUUGUAACAAACUUUUUUCAAGAUGAGCUAAAGUAAGCAAGCAUGUUAAUUGAGCCUUGUCAAAGACAGUUGUGCCAUUGAACAAGAAUGCCGUCAAAAGAUCUAUCUGAAAAAAAAUGGUGGUUGCAUCUGGCUGCUACCUUUUUUGGGGUCACGUCCUCUUGUUUUCCUGGCCCUAAAUCAACCAACUGUCCCAACGUUCAUCUACUGAACAUGCUAAUCUACAGACUGUUCAGGCCUCUUGGCAAGCCCUGAUUCUGGCAGAUAGCUAAAAGACUAUUGGAGUAGGACGAGGGAAUAUAAUAUUGGAUAACUGUACUUCUUGGAUUCACUAAGGAACUUCAGCAAAUCUUAUGGCCUGCUUGUGAUUCUGAUUGAGGGUGGUUGCAUUUUGUAAAACCUGCCCCAUGUAAGUUAGUGGCAGGCCCCACUAACUCUUGAAAACAAAAGCAAAUGAUUGUCAAAUGAACAGUCCAAAAAAGGUCUGAAAGAUGUGCAAAACUUAGGCAGUUGUUGCAUUUUGAGUCUCUGCACAACUGAUUUGUGGGAAUUCUCUUUUUUAGAAACAUGGAUGGCGAUGUUGCAUCAGAGGUUCUAAUUUGUACAAAUCACUUCACAGAAGUCCUUCUGAUUUGUCUAAAAUGUAGAUUUUUGAAUGAUCCUGUAUGACUCUAGCAAGAGUUCAUUGAGAAUCUGGGCCUCUUUCAACAGGGUGAAAAAUAAGUAGUGGUCCAUUGCACAAUUAGUCGGUGACAGGACAUUGGUUCAUUGACAUGUUCAAACAUUACUCUUAAAUGUUACUUAAACCUUUCAUGCAAACCUUACAAAUUGCCUUCCAAGAAAUAUUUGUAUAGUCAGUUUUUAAGUUAUUAAAUCUAAUAUUAAUAGCUUAUUUUUGCCACUUACUGCUACCCUAAAUUUUGAGCCUAAUUUCAAAGCAUUUUGACUGGCAAAACCUUUCAUUCUUUUUCUCAAUUAUUUCAUUCUUUGCUUUAUCUUCACACAUGGCUUACUAUGAAGUGCAAGAAAAUGUCCCAUUCUUUGGUGUGUGCCACUUGCAUUCUUAAGCUGAACACUAUGAUACGAGGCGAUCGUUUUAAGUUUUCUUCUGCGUGAAAUAGCUCCCUGUUGCUCUGCCUCAGCCUAAACUUAUUAAAAUCAAGGACCUCCCAUGUUGGCAGCUGUAAUCAUAUGUUACACAAUGCUGUGUCACUGGGCAUGAAGAUGACAAAAUAACAAUGAAAAGAAAACCUGUUUUUAAAAAUACGGGCUGAUAUGUUGAAGUUGGCCUGUCAAUCUCAAAUUAUCCUUGAACCAUAUAACUGUCAGGAAACUACAUGUUUAUCUCCAGUGCAAAGAUGUUUUUGCAAAAUGUAUUACUUUUUUAUUUAAAAGAAAAAGCUACUGCAGGAGUUAUUUAGUGAGAGCACAUUUGGUUUGUGUAGCCUUGCUUUGGCAAGUGAUGUGACAUGAGAUUGCAUUUUUUUUUUAAAAUGCAGUAUGUGAAAUCACAGUUUUAAGCGGGGGUGGUGGGAAUCAAAAGGCAAUGCAGUAUUUCUGUCAACUGUUUUCUACUAGAAACCUAAAGUGAGCACCAAAAUAAUUUAAAAACUGAUAACCCGUUAGUGAUGAUCAUUGUCAAGGAUUUUUAAAAUGACACCUUUUUUUAAUUUAAAUUAUGAAGUGUGUGCUACGUGGUGCUGGUGUCUCAUUGUGGCGUUUGGAUACAGCACCUACAUGAUACAGUACUACUUGCUGAUCACCACAACAUAGUUUUUCAGUUGCUUCUAGUCUAACCAUUACUGUAUUCCUUUCAAGACAUAAAAUGAAAAAUCUUUGUAAAACAGGAAUAAUGCAUCAAGCUACAACCUUGGCUUUUUUUUAAACAACAAAAAGUCUCCAUAUAUCCUCCAUUUAUUUACUUGCUUUGGGUGUAUCUGUGAGGUUCCAUUGUACCUUUGCAAAGGGUCUGUUUUUGUGUCAACCAAGUAGGCAGAGAGAGUUGUACCAUUUAUUGAUUAAAUUAGCUAGAUCAAACCUGUGACCUGUUAAUUUGGGUAACUUUUUUAUAAGUUAUUUUAUACAAUUACAAAACUGGCUUGGAAUGUUGCAGAGCUGUGACAAAAAAAUGAAUGUGAAUAAAUGUGUAGUGAAAUGUUACAAAAUUACUUGUUAAUAGUACCAGUUUGUUGCAGUAGAGUUUUUGGGAAAUUAUGGUGCUCUAAGAAAACUUUUGAAGGGGCUCAUGCUGAGAAAAGCAAAAAUGUUCCUAGUUACAAAUUCUUAUUUUCCCCCUCCACCAAGAAAUUCAUUCCCUCCUUGCUGCUUUAAUUUGAGUAACAUAAUAAAUUUCCAGUCUUGCUAGACAGUGGUGGACUGCAUUAUUAUUUUUUAAUGGCCCAGAACAUACUGACAAAAAUAAAUUCCUGACUUUUUCAUAUGUUGCUGGCUCACUGCAACCUCACAAUCAGAAAGGGCAUUGUGUAUUUUAUUGUAGGUCAUCCCUGACUAAAUAUUGUACAUAAUGCUGCAUAAGAAUACCUUUUUUCUGAAGGUUAAAAGAAUCCAAAAGCAGGGCUCAGCAUAUACACAGAAUAAAAUAUGAACUAUUUCCACAGAUGGUGUACAUUUUGUAAUGUGAAUAAAAUACAACAUCAGUAAUUUAAAUUAAAUUUCCAUAUUUAAUGAAAUUAUUGGAUUUAACCACGUUUGUACAAUCAUAUUGACUUAAAACCAUCAAAUGCAUCAUUUUUUUUGGAAUCCUAUGUACAGAGUUCAUCCUGAGUCACUUAAGCUGUAGCAUCACCAUAAGAAUUCUACUUGAGUUUGUGUGUUUUGGUCUUGGAAUCCAUGCUCCACAAUAAGUUUUCCUUUCUGACCAUUUAAUUGGAUAUUCCACUUUUAAAGUGAUCUGAUGGUUUGUUCAUUGUCCCACAGUGGCUAUGUUAAAAUGGAGUAGUAUGAAUAUUUCCACACUUAAGGUUUUCUCUCAUGAGCAGUCUGCAUGUUGAACUCAGAUUCAUCUGACUUGAUGUAUUAUAUAUACACUGCGUUUCUGCUACCAUGUAACCAUGUUGAUUUGAGGUCUCGUUCCAAUACAUCCACGUAGCAAUCAGGCUAGUAGCUAGUCUUUCCUCUCAUCAAAUAUUUAGUCUUGGGCUUUAUUGAAAGUAGAUUAUUUCCUAUCUCAUGCUACUUAAUUAAGCAGUGAAUUCUUGCUUUGUUUGACAAUUCUUGCAAAUGUUAGAAAUGAACAACUGCUUCAUAUUCUGAUCUUUUAGCCAAAGAACAUGUUUUUGUUCAUUGUUUGUCUUGAACACCAUCACAUCUUGACAACACUCCCUGCACCACCUGCUUGAUGCCAUACAUUGAAUUAUAAGAUGAGCAUAACUGCAGACAUUAAUUUCAGCUGAAAAUUGAAACAUCCAUUUUGCUGGCCUAAACACAGAUUUUAAUGCUGAAGGGAUGGUGUCAUCUUCCAUGCUACAAUCUGCAACAUUCAAAGUGCCUGUUCUAUCCACAGUAGUCCUUAAACUACAUCUAGCAUGCUUUAACUAAAACUGAGUUAGUAAUUCACAGCAAAGAAGAAUGAGAUUCUGGGAGAAGGUAAGGCUAAGAUGGGAUAGAAAUCUGUUGAGGUGGCUGGAAUUGUGUUAAAAGGCUAGUGCCUACUUGGGAAUGGAUGGACUGUUUAGCUGACAAUUCAUUUGAGUCCCAGCAGUGUGCUAUUUUACUAAUCCUUUUGAUUUUAUUUUACAAUUUAUGUUGCUUUUUGUUGAAACACAAUGGGAUGUUUACGAUAUUGUUAUUGGACCAAGCUGCUGCCGUAGUCUCGCAAGUGAAGUCCAUUCUGUGUAGAACUAAGUGAGUCGAGCCCAAAUGUCACUGCUUGAAUUCCUGCUCCCUGAUUUUCACCCUGAGUGGUAGAUUGUUGUGCUACAUUGGACUUGCGUUCACAAAGGAAGGAAAAUUGACGUGUCCUUUUUGCUUGGUACAUGAACUCUAAGUGUGUGGAUAUUAGCUACAAUUGUGACAGUUUUGAUCUAAUUUUUCUGCUAUCAAGCAACCUAUUGAUACCAUGUGGUUACUGAAAAUGUGGCCUUUUGAGUGAAUUAUCACAAGACCCCUGGAACUCCAUAGCGCAGCAUCAAGACCAUCGGAAGCAAGAGAAGCACUAACAAUAGAAAUAUCUCCUCUCACUUGAUGGACUAGUGGAUACUAUUUUGUCAUUGUUGUCAGUGUGCAGAUUAGUGGUAGAAAGAUUCUUCUACAAGUUUCUUUAUGGAAUGCCAUGUUAAGGACUUGUGUUUCAUGGGUUGUGAUUGGCUUUUUGGGAUAAAAACAUCUUGCUCUGUUUAAAUCAAGGUUGGCAUUAUUCAUUCAAUUCCCAGCUUUUUUAGGCACCACAUUCUGGUAUAGAGUUGGCAAUAAUUUAUUAACCUCUUCCAGAGAUUGAAAGGACGAAUGGUGAAAAUGCAAUAGAAACAUGUACCUAGAAUUAAGGCACUUUGUGUGACAAUAGAGGUUUACAGCAUAUUUCACCAUAUUGUACCACAUCUAAGAAUUUAUAGGCACUUGGUGGAAACUGUUCCUUUUACCAUGUUGUAAUUUUUAACUUUGGCUGUUUAUAAAGUUUGCCAGCAAUAUAUGGAUUUAAGAAUUUGAGGUAGGGGGAUACAGGUUGGUGUAACUAUUAAUGACUAGUUAGCUGUCAGCAUUUAGCUUUUUUUUUGGUAGAGUAAAUUUGGAAUGGAAGACUAUGCUUUAUGCAAUCAUUGGAAUUCUGAAUUUGUUAAAACUUUGAUAUUCCCAGUUUAAGUUACUGGAAUAUAUUGUUUUUAUUUUUACACUUUGUAUGUUGGAUGUGAAUUUUCUAAUGUGAAUUAAUUUAUUAACUGGUGAAAUAUGCUUGAAAAUGAGCUUUUAGUUUAUGUGGAAGACAGGGCUUUUCUUUCUUUGAGCUCUUUGUCUUAAACUAAAUGUUAGUUUGUUUGAACUGUAUGAAAUAAUUACCAUUUUGAUAGAUAUCAACGCGUUCUUUCCUGAUAGGAAAACCUAAAUAUGAUUCUGGGCCUAUUUAAAAUUGUAGCAUACGUCAGAAAAGGAGGAUUAAAGAAAGGUGUAUUCAUGCAUGGGGGUGAUUUUAAAAUAUUCAUCAAACUAAUUAUAUUGGUUCUAAUUUCCUUGACUGGUGAAGCUGAAGCCAUUAAGUUGGACUUUUCAUUGUUACUAGUGUUCUGUGCUGCUUGCUUUUACUUUAUUUUUGCUGAUUCCCUGGUGUGGGUGAUGAGUAAUAAAACAUCUCUAAUGUAGAGACACAGAUUUAUAUUAUGUGAUAUGCAUGUAUAUAGGAUUUUAUGGAAGGGCAGUGACUCAUGUUUGGGUAGGUUGUCUGUAAAUAUGCGCAUGGAAUGGUUGUGUACUUGUUUGCUGCAUCUGCUCUUUGCAACUUCACAGGUCUGUUGCCUCCAAUUGUUCAUUGUACUUGUGGUAAGAGAUACCUUGCCAAUUUAUAUUCAGGAUUUAUCUGCAAUCAAUCCGACAUACCAAUGUGUACACGCUGACACAUCAUAAAUGAUGUCAUCAGGUUGGGAAAAGGAAUGAUCUCAUCUCAUUAAAACUUUCUUGUGCUAUCCUUUUGCAGAAGAGGCAAGUCGGAACAGUUAGUCAAAUGACAGCACCUGCAACUUUCUGACCAUUUUUCUAUUUCCUAUACUUUUGUCCAAUAUUUGAUACCUAAGCUAAUUAUUUGUUGUAUUGAAGUUAAUUUGAGAAUUCAUGACAGUUGGAGAGGAAAUUGCUUUCCUGGAGCAAUCAGUAUCCUGUGUGCAGUUCAAUGGUAGUAAAUAUAGUUUCUUUGCCACUCUGGGUGUUAUGAAAUUUUACUAACGAACAAUUUAAAAAAAAAAUUCAUGAAAUUUCCUCUUUUAAAGAGGAAAAUUAUCUUUCAUAUCUCUGCCAUAAUGUUUCACCUAACCAAUUUUUGCAGCAGUAAAGUAGCAAUUAAUAAGACUUUAAAAUGCACACUUCUUGAUUAUUCCUAGUAUCUUUUUGCUGUUUAGCAACAUUUACGUAAGUUAAUCUAAAUGGAUUGUUGUGACCCUUUGCAGAAUAGUGAUCAUAAAAUUUUAUUUUUUUUUGUUGUUCCGGAAGAUAAAGUCAACUGUCUGAAGGAAAUUUCGAGGAAGUAAAGGUAUAUUUUUAUUCCUGAAGUCCUUUUUUAAAUUUCUAUGGAAAGCAUCUUUCACUUUACAUUAUUCUGUUUGUCAUUUAUGCUUGGAAAAAGUAGAUUAUUUUUGUACAUUUUUAUUUCUAGACAUUUGAUGUAAUGUAGAGAUGUGCACAGAAUUGCAGGACACUUUCAUGUUCACUUUUUUUGGUACAUUGAGUUUUUGUUUUAAAUUUUGUGCAGAAGUGCUACUGAGAAUAGUUGAUAUAAAAUCAAGACCCACUUCCAGCCCUGCUCUGAACGUGUAUUCAUGUAUUUUGAAUUGAAUGUAGUGCAUUCAAGAGAGCAUUUUGAAAACAGGAAUUGUGCUGAGCAACACACUAAAAUUUAUUACUGGGUGCUCAAUGCUUACAUCAGUGCAUUUUUUUUAACUGUUGCUUCUUGUGAGAACCAUUGCAGUUUACUUUGUCUAUGGCUAUAUUAAAAUUGCAUGUUACAAUGAAUGUGGUCACAAGUUGCUUUCAUCUGAGUUUUUCCAAAAAAGCAUUGUCCUAAUAGGACCUUACCAGUGACCUCUGGGUCUGACUAUCACACAUAACCCUUAACAUUUUGUUACGAUUUGACUCCAUAGAACAUUCCUAGCUACCUUUUUUACUAUCUUCCACACCCCUGCCCCCAUUCUUAAUUUGUGGGUGAUCCCACAAGGCUUGCAUUUAUUGUCCAUCUCUAGUUU